CACGGCUUAAGAGUUUUUAUUCUUUAUUUUUCAACCCUUCGUUUUUAUACAUGCACGCACCGAACCUCUUCUUCUCUCCCUUUUCAUAUAUGUGGAAGCUGCAUUUAUUAAGAAGAGUUUAGAAACUAGAAAGUGUCAAACCCCAAAGAGAAUGUUUUUGGCUGAGAGGAGAGAGAGAAGAUGAAGAAGGUGUUGUAAAUUUGAAGACUACUUGAGGGGAAAGAGACCAAUACAAACCCAAAUUUUUAUAAAUUAUUACUUCAUCAGAAGAAGUCCCAUUCGAGAGAGUUCUCCUAAAGCUUCAAUUGAUUCUCAUCUAACUAAUAAUGGGAGGAUUAAUGAGAUUUGGUGAAUUAGAAGAACAAUUUGCUCAGCUUUCAGACACUACAAUAGAAGAGAAGGUCCCAUUUCUACAAAUGCUUCAAUGCAUAGACCCAAAUUUUACAACAGCAGAACCAUUUCUCCAAUCACUUCUCCAGAUCCAAACCCUAGAACCAAAGAGCUGUCACACCUUUGAUGCAACAACCAUCAAAAGAGACCCGGGUCAAGCAGAUGACCCGGAAAAGGAUCCGAGAACAGAAGACGGAGGAGCAGCAACGACGGUCCUCAAAGAAAAAAGAAAACGGAAACGUACAAGAGCUCCAAAGAACAAAGACGAAGUUGAAAACCAAAGAAUGACUCACAUUGCCGUCGAACGUAACCGAAGACGACAAAUGAACGAACACUUAAACUCCCUCCGGUCUCUCAUGCCUCCUUCGUUUCUCCAACGGGGUGAUCAAGCGUCGAUCGUGGGAGGAGCAAUAGAUUUCAUAAAGGAACUAGAGCAACUCUUGCAAUCUCUAGAAGCUGAGAAACGAAACGAUGGAACUAACGAAACUCCUAAAACAACGGCGUCGUCUACUUCAUCUUCGUCUCGUGCAUGUACUGCUAACUCUUCUGUUUCUAGCGUCUCGACGACGUCGGAAGAUGGAUUUACGGCGAGAUUCGGCGGUGGGGAGACGGCGGAAGUGGAAGCUACGGUGAUACAGAACCAUGUGAGCUUGAAGGUUCGGUGUAAGAGAGGAAAAGGACAGAUCUUGAGAGCUAUUGUCUCCAUUGAAGAACUAAAGCUUGCGAUUCUACAUCUCACUAUCUCUUCUUCCUUUGACUUUGUCGUCUACUCUUUCAAUCUCAAGAUUGAAGAUGGUUGUAAAUUAGGAUCAGCAGAUGAGAUAGCGACGGCCGUUCAUCAGAUCUUCGAGCAAAUCAACGGUGAAAUGAUGUGGUCAAAUCUUAGUCGAACUUAGUUGACUUUGGAGUUUUUUUUUUCUUUCUUCUACCUAGUGAUGUGUGUUACUUUAGUUUACAAAAGAAGAGAAGUAAAAUAAAUAAAACAAAAAGGAAAAACCAAAUAGGUGAGAUUUUUUGGGGGUCGCUAGUUUUUAGCUUUUAGCUUUUAGACUAGCCGCACGGUUCUACAUAGACAUUACGAAGGAUUAGCGUCAAAGAAAAAGAGGAGAAACAAUGACAUUAUGAAAAGGUUAUAUUGCCUGUAAUUUUCGAAUAGAGUUAUAAGAUUGAUUAAUUAAUAUCA